GCUUCCUUCCUGUGUGUGUCCCACACAUUGACUGUAACUAUUAAUAUUAACAGUCUAUGGUUCCACACGGAAGAGGCAGCACCAUGGAACACUCGGCGAGCUGCAGAGACCUCUCCACCAUGAGAGAGCGCUUUGACUGUCUGACAGAGGCGUACACAUGUUUUCUGAUGGGAACAUGCCCCAGCCAAUGUGUGGCCUGCGUGAUAUUUUCCGGACUGGUCCCCGGCGAGGACAGAGAGUAUGCUCCUUCCGAGAAUCGCCGUGUGAACAGCGCGGAGCUGAGCUGCAUCAGUAUGUCUCUGGUGGAGAAGAUUACCUCCAACCUGACGUCUCGCAGCCUGUCUCCAGCAGUCACCUUAUACUGCGUGGAGAUGCUGACGGUGUUGUUUCAAGACAUGGAUCUCAUGUCACUACUUAUGCAGCAGUUCCAGGCUGAGGACCAGAUCAUUUCACAUCUGGCUGCAAAGACUGUAUCAACGUGGGUGCUCUAUCAGCUCCACAAAUCUGGUACAGUCAGUCCUGUCUGGCAGCAGAAGUGUGUGCAGGCAUUUUACAUCUCACUCCCUGGUCCCGAAUUGGACACAUGUCUGUGGUCACUGACUGAAGUCUUAAAACGACUUCUUAAAGGGGCUCAUCAAGAAAUCCUUUGGAAACUUCUGGCAGCUUUUGACUCCAGCCUAAGUACUCUAUGUUCAAAGUUUCUCCCUAAGGAGAGAGACGAGACAACGCGAUGUUUGGUGGAUCAUCCCAGCAGCAGCAGCAGCGGACGCUGGGGAACAACAUUCUGCCUCCUGCUGGACCUGCUGGAGCUGCUGACUGCAUGCAGUGUGAUAUGUGGAGCUGGCAUCUGUCUGGAGAGUCCGAGAAUGACCUACGUUCACUCCUCAGCGCUCCUGAUGACAAUCAGCUGCCCCUCAGAGUAUUUUGUCAAAAAGCGAGUGCUGCUGCUUCUGAAGAGAGCUGUUCUCCAGAAGGCCGGAGAGGACUGGGCUUUAGGAGAAGUGCUGCUCACUGGGUUGAAACACAAGCACUUCGACUCGGAUAUGAGUGUGCUGUCUCAGAGUGUGUUAACAGCCGUGGCUACUGAUUGGUUACACAGUGUUCAAGUGGAGUCUUCCUCAUUCUUUGGGGGGACCAGAUCCAUCAGAGGGGAAGAAGGUCAGAAACCAGACUGUGUGAUGCUGAGAGCUGUCAGCCUGCUUCUUCUCAAGUCCAUGGAGCUUCACAUACAAACAGCUGGGAGAACAGGGGUAGACAGUUUCACAGAGGUUUCUGGGUAUCUGCAGAGUCUGUGGGGCUUCCUGAGGCGGUGCAUUGUCCAGCUGACCGAGAACAGUCAUCGGUGCUGCUGGGUCAGCCUGCUGUUUGGAGAACAGGACGACGACAUGAUGGAGGCCGCCAAAGCUUUGUUUUCCAUAUUCCUCCAUCGCAGAAUGUGUUCUGGGCUGGAGGACUUUGCUGUUUUGGAGGCGGCCUGUGCCUCUGGCUGCAACCCUCACUGCCACUUCCUACUGCUGCUUCAGAGCAUCUCCUUCGACCACAGCAUCCUCCUGGACUUCCUCAUUUCCACUGAAACCUGCUUCCUGGAGUACUUUGUGCGAUACCUCAAGUUCCUGCGAGCAGACUGGCAGGGCUUCACUGCAACAUGCGGAAGAAUCCGCUUGCCACACUUUCAUCUCUCACUGCAGCAGUCUCUUACUGCCUUAUGUGCUGCUGAUACUUUAAAGGUGACAUGUAAAGAUGAGCCAGAUCAGGUUAAAUUCAGCUCCUGUGCCCAGUCCACAGGUGCAACUUCACCAGUGGGAAGGGUCAGUUUGGCUGCUGGUUUUCACCUGGUAGAGUACGAUAGUUCUGACGAGUCUGAUCCAGAGAACAUGGAGGUUUCUCAGGAUGAACCAGUGACUGUGUGUGACAAAAGUACAUUUAGUGCCUUGGAUGUGAAACAAGAGAUCAGUGGACCACCAGUACCUAUCAGGCAGAAACAAUAUGAGGCGUCUGACUCAACAGGAUUACUGAGUCAACCUAACACCACUCUGGAAAGAAGAGCAGAAGGGCCAUCCCUGCCGGUGUUGCAGAGUGAGCAAACAUCCGGUCCAAACAUGGCGCCUCAGCCGGGACAGGUGGCCUGGGAAACAUUAGCCAGAGCAGUCGUCUGUAUGUCAGAGCUCAGAGAGGUGGUGACCAGGCUGCAGACAAAUAAACUCUUCCCAUACAACCCCUCUUCACUCCUGAAGCUCUUAGCACAAGUAGAGAACUGUUCCAAACUAUCACGUUUCUUACAUUUCAAUAAAUGAAGAUGUAUAAUAUAUGUUUUGUGAAGUGGUUUGGAAGCUAAAUUAAAAUGGUCCAGUGUUUUAA